AUGCAAAUCGAUUUGCAAGGCAACAUCGUGAUCAUCGACGAGGCGCACAACAUAGAGGAUAUCUGUCGCGACGCCGCCACAUUUACCUUCACCAGGGACAACAUACAAGCCGCUAUCAAGGAGCUGGAAGUGGUCGCUGGUUACAGAUACAAGAACCAGGACGUGAUGAGCUACGUUGAAUACUUACUACAGACUCUCAAACGCUGGGACGAAUGGUUCGUAAACCAGAUACCGCUAGUGAACAACCAGGCGGUAAGCGGCAACGAGGCGGUGUACACGUGGCAGGUGGAGUACUUCGUGCAAACGUUGAACAACCACAACAUCGGACAGCAACAAUACAAUGAAUUUCGUCAAAAUGCGGAAAUAUUCUGCAAACGCCUGCGCGAAGACCCGCGUACUUUGUUCGGUAUCACUCAGGCAACCGGCACUUUAAUUGAAUCCAUCGAUACAGUACUAGGUUACUUGUUUCGCUGCUCGGGAAAGUACAUGGACGACUUCAAACCGGCUCUCAUACGAAACGUAACCGGCACAGACGCGCUAUCAGAAGCUGUGUCGUGGCGGACCUCACAGUUCAACAGGUCAAUAGACAAAGAGACUCUGUCACUGCGUCUGAUGUGCAUGAACCCGGCGGUGAUUUUCGAGAGUUUGAAAAAGGCUCGCUGCAUCAUGUUGGCGUCGGGCACACUCACGCCACUCGUCAGCCUGCACUCCGAGCUCGCCACCGACUUCCCGCUGCAAGUCAGCCCCAAUCACGUCAUACCUAGCGACCGGGUAUGGAUAGGUUCUCUAACAACAUGCCCCAACGGCACCAAGUUGGAAUGCAACAGUCGUGGAACCGACCAAAUAGAGAUACAAGAUGCGUUGGGACAAGCUGUGUUAUGGGUGAGCAAAGUGACGCCUAAUGGCGUACUUUGCUUCCUUCCCUCCUACCAGCUCAUGAAUAAGUUAGUGAAACGAUGGCGGGAAACGAGCACUUGGCAACAGCUUAACGAUCUGAAACACGUCUUCAUGGAAAGCAGAAACGUUAGAGAUCACAACGAUAUUAUGGAAGACUAUUACAAAUAUGUUGCGACGAGUAAAGGCGCACUUCUGUUUGCCGUGUACCGCGGUAAGGUGUCAGAAGGAAUGGAUUUCAAGGACCAUCAAGCUAGAGCUGUGAUAACUGUAGGUGUUCCUUACCCGAACACCUUCGAUAUGGCUGUGAAAGAGAAGAUGAAAUACAACGACAAAUACGCGGCGGAGAGGAAGUUACUGUCCAGUAGCGAGUGGCUUCUGGUGCAAGCUUACAGGGCACUGAACCAAGCAGUGGGGCGGUGCGUGCGGCACCGCGGCGACUGGGGCGCCGUGCUGCUGGUGGACGCGCGCUUCGCCGCCGCGCACUACACGCAGCACCUCUCCAAGUGGGUGCGCAGCUUCUUGGGAAAUAAUCAUCAUACGUUCGAGAGUCUAGUCAACAGUCCCAACAGUCUGGAGUCAUUCAUGCAGAACAUGACCAUCAGGGAGAACGAGGACGUGUAA